GACAGUCUCUUCAGCAGGCCGCACUUAAGAGAGGUCGCGUACGCCUGUUGCCGGCGGCUGGAGCGCAAUGGAUCCCCCGGGGGCCCUGGACGCCGAGGAUGAAGUGGGGCCGUUAGCCCAUCUUGCCCCAAGUCCUCAAAGCGAAGCUGUUGCCCACGAAUUCCAGGAGCUGUCCCUGCAGCCCAGCCAGCACCUGCCCCCGCUGAACGAGAGGAAGAACGUGCUCCAGCUGAGGCUGCAGCAGAGAAGGACGAGAGAACAGCUGGUGGACCAGGGCAUCAUGCCACCUUUGAAGAGCCCCGCUGCAUUCCACGAGCAGAUAAAAAGCUUGGAACGAGCCAGAACUGAAAACUUUUUGAAGCAUAAGAUUCGGAGCCGACCAGAUCGUUCUGAACUUGUCAGGAUGCACAUUUUAGAAGAAACAUUUGCAGAACCGUCCCUGCAGGCGACUCAGAUGAAGUUGAAAAGGGCUCGACUCGCGGACGAUCUGAAUGAGAAGAUUGCUCAGAGACCUGGUCCUAUGGAGCUGGUAGAGAAGAACAUCCUUCCUGUAGACUCCAGCGUUAAGGAAGCAAUUAUAGGCGUUGGGAAGGAGGACUAUCCUCACACUCAGGGUGAUUUCUCAUUUGACGAAGACAGCAGUGACGCUCUGUCUCCGGACCAGCCAGCCAGCCAGGACUCGCAGGGGUCAGCCGCUUCCCCGACUGAGCCCAAAGUGAGCGAGUCGCCGUCUCCUGGGGCUACAAACACUCCAGCCCAGCAGUUUACUUCAGUGUCCCCAGCAGUUCCUGAAUUCUUGAAAACUCCCACCCCAGAUCAGCCCUCAACCCGGUCCCCAGCUCCUGUCCCCACAAACACCGUGUCCUCCGCAAAGCCUGGUCCGGCGCUGGUGAAGCAAAGCCAUCCCAAGAACCCUAACGACAAGCACCGCAGCAAAAAGUGCAAAGACCCCAAGCCGCGGGUCAAGAAGCUGAAGUACCACCAGUACAUCCCGCCCGACCAGAAGGGGGAGAAGAGCGAGCCGCAGAUGGACUCCAACUACGCGCGCCUGCUCCAGCAGCAGCAGCUCUUCCUGCAGCUGCAGAUCCUGAGCCAGCAGCAGCAGCACUACAACUACCAGACCAUCCUGCCCGCGCCGCUCAAGCCACUCAAUGACAAAAAUAACAACAGUGGGAAUUCAGCUCUGAACAGCAGCACGCCUAACACCCCGAGACAGAAUCCGUCCGCUGCCGUGAGGAAGCCGGGACCUCUGCCUCCCAGCCUGGACGACUUAAAGGUGUCAGAACUGAAGACGGAGCUGAAGUUACGGGGUCUUCCGGUGUCGGGCACCAAACCGGACCUCAUCGAACGCCUGAAGCCCUACCAGGAAGUGAACAGCAGCGGAGUUGCUGCCGGCGGCGUCCUGGCGGUGCCAACGUCUGCCAUCGUCACCAGCAACCCCGAAGUCACCGUGGCACUGCCGGUGACAACGCUGCACAACUCCGUGACGAGCUCGGGCUCCUCUUUCAAGGCAGAGUUGCCACCUGCCGGAACCAGUAACGUCGCCCACGUCGAGAGUGUCAGUUCCCCUCUGCCCAUCUCGCCUUCCCCCUCCGAGCAGUCCAGUCUCGGGACCGAGGACACAAGCAUGGCAGACACGUUCACCGAGAUCAUGACCAUGAUGUCUCCUGCGCAGUUCCUGUGCUCGUCGCCGCUGAGAGUGACGGGCAGCGAAGACAGCCCGAGCCCCACCAGCAGCACGCUGUCGAGUCUGGAACUGGACGCGGCCGAGAAGGACCGCAAGCUGCAGGAGAAAGAGAAGCAGAUCGAGGAGCUAAAGAGGAAACUGGAACAGGAGCAGAAGCUCGUGGAAGUUCUGAAAAUGCAGCUUGAGGUUGAAAAGCGAGGGCAGCGGCAGCAGCAGCCGCUGGAACCGAAGCCCGGCGCCCCUGCCGCUGCGGCCAGCAAGGUGGACCCGAAGCACAGCGGCGUCGGCUCCUCCAUCAAGGACGAGGCGGCGCCGCCCGACUGCUCCAGCCCCCGGCAGCCUGGCCCUCUGGCCGGCCAGCCCGUAGGCCAGCCCAUCUCGACGGGCAGCCAGAACCUUGUUGCCAAAAAGGCCGUAGUGAUCAAGCAGGAGGUCCCCGUGGCCCAGGUGGAGCAACAGAGUGUCGUCCCGCAGUUUUACGUGAGUUCCCAGGGACAGCCGCCGCCUGCCGUUGUCGCUCAGCCUCAGGCUUUACUGACCACACAAACCGCUCAGCUGCUGCUGCCGCUGUCCAUCCAGGGCUCCAGUGUCGCCUCCGUGCAGCUCCCAGUAGGCGGCCUCAGACUCCAGACUCCAGCACCAGCAGGAAUCCAGCCCCAGCCCCAGCCGGCCACCGCCACCCUGUCCUCAGGCUUAGCCCAGCCCGUCCCUCAGAAGCAAGACACUUUCCCGCCACAUGUGCUCAGUCAGCCUCAACAGGUCAGAAAGGUUUUCACGAACUCGGCAUCAAAUUCAGUUCUUCCCUACCAGAGACCCCCUGCUCCGGCCGUCCAGCAGCCCUUUGUUAACAAGACCCCCACUGGCGUUCUCCAGUCCAGAAGCACCCCACUUCCCUCCCUGCAGAACGGACCCACCGCUCCCAACAAGUCUGGCUCGCCCCCUCCGCCCCAGCCGUGUGUCGUCCAGCACUCCCUGUUUGGGAGCCACGUCCCCAAGACAAAAGACCCGCCCCGCUACGAGGAGGCCAUCAAGCAGACGCGCGGCGCCCAGCCCUCCCUUCCAGAGUGGCUUCAGGUGUACGACACAGUGAUUUGA